AUGCCCAUUCUCGUGCAUCUUGACCAGUUGACGUCUGCUCCUCGCGAAUAUACUGUUCAGAACUUCAAUGAUACCAAGAGGCUGGACCGCUGUAUAAUGCCCAACUCGUUUGCAAGUCCACGUACCCUGCUUCGAACUGAUAUAUAUCCUCAAUCAACCAACUCACCACGCAUAGAUCACGAUGUCAACGACGAUCUAGAAAAGGAUUUCCGAACCUCCAUCACGGAUGUCUUCAUCACUGGUCAGAAAUUGUCGCUAUCACCGCCUGAGCACCUAAUAGGUAGAUUGUCAAGGAACCUCAUGAUCGUGACAUUUAGCAAACCACAAGAAGUUUCAAGCAUGCAUGCAACACUCCCCGAUGAUGCCAUAUCAGGCGAGCUCGCUGACCUGGUUGGCUUUGACGACAUCGAAAUUGUUGCAGAACUGCUCGCCUCUAGAUCUUACUUUUUGAACGUGUGUCGUUCAGUUGUAACUGCCAGCCUUUCUCCACAGGAUGUUCGUCGCCGCAUGGAAGAGACUCUCAGGGUAAAUGCGUCUCGUCCUUUGUUCACUGGCGUGGCAGUGGUUCGCUUUCUCAGUUUGGUAGCAGCGAGUCAGGAAUAUGAGGAAGUCAUCCUUACUCCUUCCAGAGUUAUUCCACCCAGGAAAUCCGAAAGGCUCAUUCUUGUCAACGAACUUGAUGAAUUAAUUGGAGGCUCGUUCCUUCCAUGA